AUGCAGCCAGAGCCGCAGCUGGGAUUCCAGCACCCCUCAGAUGGCCCCACCUGCCAAGCACUACAGCCACCAUGCCCAAGAGAAAGGCACAAAGGAGAUGCUAAAGAUGAUAAAGCCAAGAUGAGGGAUGAACCACAGAGAUCAGCACGGUUGUCUGCUAAACCUGCCCCUGCAAAACCAGAGCCCAGGCCUAAAAAGGCCCCUGCAAACAAGGGAGAGAAGCUGCCCAAAGGAAGAAAGGGAAAAGCAGGUGCUGGCAAGGAUGGGAACAACCCUGCAAGAAACCAAGAUGCCUCUACAGUCCAGUCCAAGAAUGUGGAAGGCACUGGGGAUGCCAAGUGA